UCUACUGUUAAGCCACAGCCAACUCCUGCCCUGCGCCGAGCAAGCAGAAAUCAGAGCGCCCCGCUCCUCGCAAUCGCAAUGCCGACCUCCGGCGACCUGCCACUCCCUCACGUGGUCCUCCUCCCGAGCGCCGGGAUGGGCCACCUCGUCCCGUUCAGCCGCCUCGUCGUGGCGCUCUCCCCCAGCUGCGACGUCUCGCUGGCCGCCGUGCUCCCCACAGUGUCCUCCGCCGAGUCCGCGCACCUGGACGCCCUCUUCGCCGCGUUCCCCGCCGUCCGCCGCCUCGACUUCCCCCUGGCUCCCUUCGACGCGUCCGAGUUCCCCGCCAGUGCCGACCCCUUCUUCCUCCGCUUCGAGGCCAUGCGCCGGUCCGCGCCGCUCCUCCUCGGCUCCAUCCUCGCCGGCGCCGCCGCGUCCGCGCUCGUCACCGACAUCGCGCUCGCGUCCGUGGUCAUCCCGGUGGCCAAGGACCUCCACCUCCCCUGCUACGUCCUCUUCACCGCCUCCGCCGCCAUGCUCUCCCUCUGCGUCCACUUCCCCGCCUACCUCGACGCCAACGCCGGCGGUCCCGUCGGCGACGUCGAUAUCCCCGGCGUGUACCGCAUCCCCAAGGCCUCCGUCCCGCAGGCGCUGCACGACCCCAACCACCUCUUCACCCGCCAGUUCGUCGCCAACGGACGCGUGCUCGCGAGGUCCGACGGCGUCCUGGUCAACUCAUUCGACGCGCUCGAGCCGGAACCCAUUGCGGCUCUGCAGGAUGGCUCCGUCGCCACCGGGUUCCCUCCGGUGUUCUCCGUCGGGCCACUCGCCCCAGUGAGCUUUCCGUCAGGCGAGCCGGCCAAGAACCAACCACCUUACAUGCGGUGGCUGGAGGCGCAGCCGGCGCGGUCGGUGGUGUACGUGAGCUUCGGCAGCCGCAAGGCCAUCUCCAGGGACCAGCUCCGGGAGCUCGCCGCCGGGCUGGAGGCGAGCGGGCACCGGUUCCUGUGGGUGGUGAAGAGCACCGUGGUGGACAGGGACGACGACGCCGACCUCAGCGAGAUGCUCGGCGAAGGGUUCCUGGAGCGCGUGCAGGGGCGGGCGAUGGUGACCAAGGGCUGGGUGGAGCAGGAGGAGGUGCUGAAGCAGGAAUCCGUCGGGCUGUUCGUCAGCCACUGCGGCUGGAACUCGGUGACGGAGGCGGCGGCCGGCGGGUUGCCGGUGCUGGCGUGGCCGAGGUUCGGGGACCAGCGGGUGAAUGCCGGCGUGGUGGCGCGCAGCGGGCUCGGCGUGUGGGUGGACAGGUGGAGCUGGGAGGGGGACGAGGGGAUGGUGAGUCGGGAGGAGAUCGCGGAGAAGGUGAACGCGCUAAUGGCGGACGAGGCGGCGAGGAAGAAGGUAGUGGGCUUGCGGGAUUCCGCCGCUAAGGCGGUCGCCGACGGCGGCACAAGCUACCGGAAUUUGGCCGAGUUCGUGCAACGGUGCCGGGAUGAAAGCGUCAGCUAGUUUUUUUUUCUUUUUAUUUUUCCAAGCGAUCCGCCCAAGGGGCCGAUUUUCAUUACCACGAGAUAAGAAAAAACAUCACUAGUUUGGUGACAAAUAAAAGGAAGGACACGACUAGUCAGCCCCGGGGGCUGCUUAGUCUGAUCCAGCCCUCGGUCCAAAUAGGGGAAGUAUUCCCGCAUUGUUUAAUUAGGUCCAAAAAGGAAUCACGUGACCAUCUGGGUGCUUGGGUCACUCACCAGAUCGUGGUUUUCCCGUAAAAAAAAGUCCAGAUCCGGCUUUCAUCCUCC